AUGUAUGGAGGAGUUCCUGAUCAGAACCAACAGUAUUAUCAACAGGCUUCUAGUCUGCAGAACGACUACUCACCUAAUAGGAACACGACCUUUUCUGAACCAAAUCCAGCAAUGUUUAGCUCGAACUACAUGAAGCAACAAGACUCGCAGCAUUCGCUUCAGCAGCAACAACAGCAACAAGCAUACCACCAACAACAGCAGCAUCAACAACAGAUGCAUCAGCAGAUGCAUCAGCAGCCCCAAGUUCAUGGUAACAAUAACAAUCAGCUUUUCUCUAAUGGAGGUUUCACCGAUGUUCCAAACCUGAACUAUCCUGCCACACCGCCACCUACCCAGAGUAUCUACUCUCAUAACAAUAAUUCCAAUUCUAAGGUGUACCAAACAGCUCCGAACGCAUCGCCUGGCCAAUUUUCGGUGAAUAGUGAUUCGGGACUGUAUAUUCCACCCACAGUUCAAAAACAACAGCAGAAUAUGCAGCAGAGCCCUGUUAGAUCAGUACAACAACAGCCUUCUUCGUCUCCCUUUGCUCAAAGCCAGGUGUCAUCCAGACCGCAGUCACCUCAACACAGUCAAUACCAAGUUCAGUACCAGCAGCAACAAGCGGCCCAACAACAGCAACAACAACAAAUGGCCCAACAGCAAGCUCAACAACAACAACAGCAGCAACAACAGCAACAACAGCAACAACAGCAACAACAGCAACAGCAACAACAGCAGCAACAACAACAGAUUGGUAUAGGAAAUAAUUACUUGUACUUCGAAAGAAGACCUGAUUUGCUAACCAAAACUACCCAGGAUAAAGCUGCUGCCGUGAAGUUGAAAAUAGAAAACUUCUAUCAAAGCAGUGUUGGCUAUGCUAUUGAAAGAAAUCAAAGAAGAUUGGAAUUGGAAUCUGAGUUAGCAUCUCAAGAUUGGUCUGAUGAGCGUAAAAGCAGACAGCUUGCUUCUCUGGGUAAGAAAGAGUCGCAAUUCUUAAGGUUGCGUAGAACUAGACUCUCAUUGGAUGACUUCCAUUCCGUUAAAGUUAUUGGUAAGGGUGCAUUCGGUGAAGUUAGACUAGUUCAAAAGAAGGACACAGGUAAAAUAUAUGCUAUGAAAACGUUACUAAAAUCAGAAAUGUACAAUAAAGACCAACUAGCUCACGUUAAAGCCGAAAGAGACGUGUUGGCUGGUAGCGAUUCUCCUUGGGUUGUCUCAUUAUAUUAUUCCUUCCAAGAUUCACAAUAUUUAUACUUGAUUAUGGAGUUUUUGCCUGGUGGUGAUCUAAUGACAAUGUUGAUCAGAUGGCAAAUCUUCACUGAAGAUGUUACCAGAUUUUACAUGGCAGAGUGUAUUCUUGCCAUUGAGGUCAUUCAUAAAUUAGGCUUCAUUCACAGAGAUAUUAAACCGGAUAAUAUCUUGAUAGAUAUAAGGGGUCAUAUCAAGUUAUCUGACUUCGGAUUAAGUACUGGGUUCCACAAAACUCAUGAUUCAAAUUAUUACAAAAAACUUUUACAAGAAGAUGAAGCCAAAAAGCAACAGCAACAGCAACAGCAACAGCAACAGCAACUAAACCUGCAGAAACCUCAGAUUCCAAAUGAAACAUCUAAUACAAACAGAAAUACGAUGCUUGUUGAUGCUAUUCAUUUGACUAUGACCAACAGACAACAGAUGCAAACGUGGAGAAAAUCUCGUAGAUUGAUGGCAUAUUCUACUGUUGGUACACCUGACUAUAUCGCUCCAGAAAUUUUCCUGUACCAAGGGUACGGUCAAGAAUGUGAUUGGUGGUCUUUAGGGGCUAUUAUGUACGAAUGUCUAAUCGGCUGGCCUCCAUUCUGUUCUGAAACACCUCAGGAAACCUACCGUAAAAUCAUGAAUUUCGAACAAACGCUACAAUUCCCAGAUGAUAUCCAUAUAUCAUAUGAAGCAGAGGACUUGAUUAGAAGAUUAUUGACUCAUUCCGAAAACCGUUUGGGUAGACAUGGUGGUGCAGACGAAAUUAAAGCUCACCCAUUCUUCAAUGGUGUGGACUGGAACACGAUCAGACAAGUCGAAGCUCCAUACAUUCCAAAACUAUCAAGUGUUACAGACACAAGAUUCUUCCCUACGGAUGAACUAGAAAACGUUCCAGAUUCUCCAGCAAUGGCACAAGCUGCAAGACAAAGAGAGCAAAUGAUGAAGCAACAACAAGGUGUUCCACAAUCCAAUGCUAAGGAAGACUUGCCUUUCAUUGGUUACACGUACUCCAGGUUCGACUAUUUGACAAGAAAGAAUGCCUUAUAG